AUGGCACUACCGACACCUACCAGGUAUGGCAUACUGCCGACCGAGAUGGAGUAUGUGGCCAGCUCAGAGACCAUCGUUGAUAUUCUACCGCUUAUAUCGUUAGACCGCGUGCGAUUGCUAAGCGGUACGUAUGGCCCAUUUGAGCCUCCGGCCCGUGCUCAGGUACCUUUAUGGCUCGCUAUUUUGUUACGAAAGAAGCGAAAGUGCGUGAUUGUGCCCCCCGAAUGGCUUAGUGUCGAAACUUUAGCUGAAUUUCUGCGACAAGAGACAGUCACGUUGCCAUUCUCUCCUCUUCCACUCCAUUAUGUGGCCAUAGCGCAUCUUCUCUUGGAACAUGCGGCGGAAGAUAUACCCGAUGCAUCGCGUGUGCGAGCAUUGUUGAAAGACUUGCGUGAUGCGAGGCAAAGUAAGAUACUCGCCGGACUUGGGAUGAUUAAUCCAACGCAUUUGGAAAUGACGAACAUAUCGUCUAUGGAAAUAUGUGAGCUACGACCCCUCUUUGUGACAGCUCUUUCGCAGCUCCAUGCACUUCAUGGGUCAUCUAAUGAUGCAAAUACUGAGGACAUGCCGUCGCAAACAUCUGAAAGCGUUGCACCUACUUUGGACGAUAACGACGAAAAUAUAUCUGUCCGACGUGCCUAA